ACGCUCGAUUUUCAUCCCCGUGUCUUGUCUACAGGCCACAGGCGACGCGUACCAGGCCAUGUCGCGCCUUGGCACCAGCCGGGUGCAGUCGGCCCUGGACGCGGACUCCCUGGAGCACUCCCCUCCACUGACAAAGGACGACAUCCAAACGCCGGACCAGAUUGAAGACCACUUCGGCGUCAUCACCUACUCGAAGGGCAGCAACAUCCACUACAUGCUGCUCAACAUUCUCGGGACCACGGUGUACAGGAAUGGCCUGCAAAACUACCUCAGCACAAACAAGUACAAGUCGACCACUCCGGAUGACUUCGCGGCAGCCCUGCAGGAGAGCGCGGACGAGAAACCGUGGCCCCUCAAGGACUCAAUCACCAUCAAGGCUGUCAUAGACUCGUGGGCACUGAAGCCCGGAUACCCUGUGCUCACUGUCCUCAGAGACUACGAGAGCGCGAAACCGCAGGCUGUGGUUUCCCAGAAAAGAUUCCUUGCGCACGAGCCGUCUGAUCCUGCAGCACUCGACAGCAAAUGGGUGAUCCCCAUCUCAUUCAACAGUGUUUACGAUGACGAGUCUGAGUUCACCAACGUGCUGCAGGAGUCAGACGAUGAGAAGACCAUGGACUUGCCGUCGUCCCUGCUACCAAACAACUAUCUGUACAUCAACAAGGAACAGGCCGGCUUCUACCGUGUCAACUACGACAUCCGCAACUGGAUGAACCUCGCCAAGGGCGCCUCGCGCCUCGACGCGGCCUCCCGCGCCACCCUCAUCGACGACCUGUACGCGCUGAACCGCGCCGGCCUCGUGGACACGUGGAUCGUGCUGUGGCACCUGCAGAGCACCCUGGGCGACACCUCCAGGAGCGGGGAGAGGGACAUGGCGCCCUGGAUCACCGCGGCCAAGGUCAUCAACGGCUACAACGCCCUCGCGCGCGGCGACCCGGAGCUCACCACUUACCUCCAGACCUACCUCUCCGCCAUCCUGAGACCGGCCUUUGAGUCCAUCGGCUGGACGAGCGACGACGACACCGAGGCCGACAGCUACCAGCGCUCCGUCGUGCGCGACAUCAUCACGCAGCUGGCCUGCGGCGCCGGCCUGGCCGAGUGCAGGAGACAAGCUCUCCGGACCUUCGCCUACCAGUACAACGACGACAACGACGACAACACCUUUGACCCCAACGUGCUCACCGCGACCCUGUGCAUGGGAGUCAAGACUAUGUACCCCGCCUACGCGACGGAGCUCGUGGAUCUCGCGGUGAACACCGAGGACGUGACCACCAAGGCGUCUUACCUGCGCGCCGCGGGCUGCACCAAGCAGAGCGACAUCGUCCAAACGUGAGCCCGCUACCG